CAUCAUCACAGGACUUCUUGGUGGAGGUGUGCUUGUGAGCUCACAGCUUUGGCUGCUUGGAGGCUGCUUUGCCUGGUCUUGGAAGGCUUUGUAAGCCAUGGACUCCUACGUGAUUCAGACGAAUGGCAAUGACGGCCUGCCUUCAGUUCUGGAUGUCCAUGUCAAUAUUGGGAGAAGCUCGGUGCAGGGAAAAAUGAAAGGCAGGAAGACCAGAUGGAAUGUGAGGCCCUCCGACAUGUCCAAUAAAACUUUCAAUCCCAUCCGAGCCAUUGUGGACAACAUGAAAGUGAAGCCGAAUCCAAACAAAACCGUGAUUUCUCUGUCAAUUGGAGACCCUACUGAGUUUGGAAAUCUGCCUACAGACCCUGAAGUUACCCAAGCCAUGAAAGAUGCCCUGGACUCGGGGAAAUACAAUGGCUAUGCUCCGUCCGUUGGCUACCUAUCCAGUCGGGAGGAGGUUGCGUCCUAUUACCACUGUCCCGAGGCCCCACUGGAAGCUAAGGAUGUCAUUCUGACAAGUGGCUGCAGUCAGGCCAUUGAGCUUUGUCUUGCUGUGUUAGCCAAUCCUGGACAAAACAUCCUCAUUCCGAGGCCUGGGUUUUCCCUCUAUAGGACUUUGGCUGAAUCCAUGGGAAUUGAAGUCAAGCUCUACAAUCUACUGCCUGAGAAGUCUUGGGAAAUUGACCUGAAGCACCUGGAAUCUCUGAUGGAUGAAAAGACAGCUUGUCUCGUUGUCAACAACCCGUCAAAUCCCUGCGGCUCAGUGUUCAGUAAGAGGCACCUUCAGAAGAUUUUGGCAGUGGCUGAAAGGCAGUGCGUCCCCAUCCUGGCCGAUGAGAUCUACGGUGACAUGGUGUUUUCAGAUCGCAAAUAUGAACCGCUGGCCACCCUCAGCACCAAUGUCCCCAUCCUGUCCUGUGGUGGGCUGGCCAAGCGCUGGCUGGUUCCUGGCUGGAGGAUGGGCUGGAUUCUCAUCCAUGAUCGAAGAGACAUUUUUGGCAACGAGAUUCGAGAUGGGCUGGUGAAGCUGAGUCAGCGCAUCCUGGGACCGUGCACCAUCGUCCAAGGAGCUCUGAAGAGCAUCCUUCAGCGAACCCCUCAAGAGUUCUACCAUGACACCUUAAGCUUCCUUAAGUCCAAUGCGGACCUUUGCUAUGGGGCAUUGGCUGCCAUUCCUGGACUCCAGCCAGUCCGCCCUUCUGGAGCCAUGUACCUUAUGGUAGGAAUUGAGAUGGAACAUUUCCCAGAAUUUGAGAACGACGUGGAGUUCACAGAGCGGUUAAUUGCGGAACAGUCUGUCCACUGCCUCCCGGCAACGUGCUUCGAGUAUCCAAACUUCUUCCGAGUUGUCAUCACAGUCCCCGAGGUGAUGAUGCUGGAGGCUUGCAGCCGGAUCCGGGAGUUCUGUGAGCAGCACUACCACUGUGCUGAAGGCAGUCAGGAGGAGUGUGACAAAUAGGUCCUCGAGCAUCCUUCCGAAGACAAGUCCCAUCCAGGGAGGGCUGGGCCGGGCUGCUCGUCCUCAGGGGCUCCGAUGUGCCUUCUGGGAAAGGGACCUCAAAAGCAUCGCAUCAAGAAUUGAAGGUUAUUCCUCCUCCCCCCCAAUCACAUCCAACACACACCCGGAACCCCACAUUCUCCCCUCAUUCGGCUCUGCUUGAGUGACUCAUGAGUUCGUUAGCCCCCACCUGCACGCACACACAUACACACACACACAAACACACACACACACACAUACACGCCAUAUAACUUCCUCAUCCCGAGGUGAACAGUUUACCAGAAAGAAGCUGAGAGCUUCUUACCACAAUAAAAGCGAGAGCUCAGGAUGGGAGAAGCAGAAGACACACCCAUAUCCUCAGGCUGUCAUGGGAAAGGUCCUUUCCAGUCAGGUCCGAAGUCACUUCUGUUGCUGCCCCACUGGAGCAUAGCUCACUCUUUACGUUAGAGCUAUACUGGAAAGGGGUUGAGGACAUGUGAAUCUGCUUAAUUAUAUUCUAAACACAUUGGGAAACUUCCUAUUUAAAGGAUCCCCGACAGAUCUUUUUUUUUUUUUUGUAAAGAAUUAUUUUGCUGUGCAAAUAAAUACCAGCUUCCUAAACUGAUCAGCUUCCUAACUGAUUAGAUUCCCUUGUAUCAGGUUUUCUUUAAACAGGAACACACCUCAUUGGAAGAGGAAAACAAAAAAAGGAAAGGGAGGCCUUGCCGGAGAUAUUGCUGAGUAUAGGCCAGUGUCCUUCUCCUAGCCUCCUUGUGGAAACAUUGGCCACUUUUGCUGUCAUGUGAAUAUUGAUUUAUUAAUAUUUGUUAUAUUAUCUUUUCAUAUAUUUUUAAGAAGCAUUUAUAUUUUAAGAUCUUUUAUUUUGUCAAGGGUAUAAAUUAUUUUUUUCUUUUUUUUUUAAAAAUAAAUUUUGUCACAUA